AUGGCCGCCUUGCUCGACCGUACCCUCACCCGGCUCCGCGGCGAGAUCGUUCUCCAGAGCCGCAUCGCCGUCGUCGGCAACGUCGACGCCGGCAAGUCGUCCCUCCUCGGCGUCCUCACCCGAGGUCGGCUCGACGACGGCCGCGGGCGAGCUCGCGUCAGCCUGUUCCGGCACAAGCACGAGGCCGAGUCGGGCCGCACGUCGUCAAUCGGCAACGAGAUCGUCGGGUGGGACGCGCGCGGCCAGAUCAUCGUCCCCGCCGAGCACAUGAGCGCCUUCAAGGUCGUCAGUUUCUCCGACCUCGCCGGGCACGAGCGCUACCUCGCGACGACGCUCGCCGGCCUGACGGGCACCGCACCCGACUUUGUCCUCCUCAUCGUCGGCGCCAACGCCGGCCUGAUCGGCAUGUCCAAGGAGCACCUCUCGGUCGCACUAGCGCUGUCGCUCCCGAUCGUCGUCGUCAUCACCAAGGUCGACAUGACGCCUGCGCCCGUGUACGAGCAGACCGUCAAGCAGCUCGUCAAGAUUCUCAAGAGCCCCGGGUGCCGCAAGAAGCCCGUCUUUGUCAACGAUGAGGGCAUGGCGUGCGAGCUCGCGUCGGGCUUUGCGGCCGAGAAGGCGUGCCCGAUCUUCCGGGUCAGCAACUUGACGGGCGAGGGACUCGGCUUGCUCAGAACCUUUCUCAACGUCGUGCGCCCCGCCAACACCGAGCAGCUGUACCCGGUGCACGCCGACUUCGAAUUCCAGACGUCCGAGGUCUACUCGGUCCCGUUCGUCGGCACGGUCUUGUCGGGUGUCAUCCUGUCGGGCUCGGUCCGCCCCGGGCAGACGAUGUGGCUCGGGCCCGACGCGGUCGACUCGUUCAUCCCGGCGACGAUCAAGUCGAUCCAGCGCAAGCGCGUCGCCGUCGAGUACGCCGAGGCCGGGCAGGCCGUCACGCUCGCGCUCAAGCGCAUCAAGCGCGUCCAGGUGCGCAAGGGCAUGGCCAUGCUCGCCAAGAAGACGGACCUGCCGCCGGUCGCGACGCGCCGGUUCGAGGCGCAGGUCCUCAUCCUGUACCACAACACGAUGAUCACGAGCCGGUACCAGGCCAUGGCGCACAUCGGCGCGAUCCGCCAGACGGUCCAGGUCGAGCACAUCGUCGACAAGCAGGCGAUCCGCACGGGCGACCGGGCGACGCUCCAGCUGCGCUUCAUGCGCGCCGCCGAGCACAUCCACGUCGGCGAGCGGCUCUUGUUCCGCGAGGGGCGCACCAAGGCGCUCGGCGUCGUCACCAAGCUCCUCGACGACAAGCCGCCGACGUCGACCUGAGGAGCGGGCGCACUUGCGCGCGCGAGCCUCUCUGUCUCUUGAUUUUGGCCUGCCGCUCCCCUGUCUUCUCUCGCACGCUUGUCGUAUCGCGCAGUCUCCUCUUGCAAUGUCGUUGUGCCCGUC